GAACCCAACAUCUAAUAGUAAGCCCUGCCAUGGCUAUUUAAGACUUGGUGUUUCAUAUCAAUGCUUCCAAACAGCAAUGGAUUUCUUCUCUCCCAACCACCUCCCAUGGUUUCCUGCUUCCAUCAUUCUGCUUUUUUCUUCUCUCUCCUUCCUCUUUUUCACCAAAAAGUCCAAAACACCAACCAACCUUCCUCCAACCCCACCAACCCUUCCCAUCAUCGGCAACCUCCACCAACUUGGCAAGCUCCCUCACCGCUCACUUACCCAACUCUCAAAGAAACACGGCCCUGUCAUGCUCUUGAAACUUGGCCAAGUCUCAUGCCUUGUCGUUUCGUCCCCCGAAACAGCCAAACAGGUCCUAAAAACUCAUGAUCUUGAAUGUUGCAGUAGACCCUUCUCUCACGGCCCCAAAAGACUAUGUUACAAUCUCCUAGACUUGGCUUUCGGGCCUUACAGCAAUUACUGGAGAGAAAUGCGAAAGCUCUGCGUGAGCGAACUUUUCACAGUAAAAAGGGUUCAUUCGUUUCGACACAUUAGAGAAGAAGAGUUGGGUAAGAUGAUCACACACAUCAGCCAAAUCUCUCCUAAUAAUCCAGUCAAUUUGAGCGAGUUGGUAUUCUCUCUCACGAACUCGAUUAUUUGUAAGGUUGCCUUGGGGAAGAGCUAUGAGGGGAAGCAAUUUGAGAGUGGUAAGUUUCAAGAGAGUAUUGAUGAGGCUAUGGCCAUGUUGAGUAGCUUUUGGGGGUCGGAUUUCUUUCCGUAUGUAGGGUGGUUUGUUGAUGUAUUUACAGGACUCCAUUGGAGGCUUGAGAAAUGCUUUCGUGAGUUUGAUGCGUUUUUCGAGAGGGUGAUUGAAGAGCAUCUUGGUCCUAAUAGGAUAAAGUCUGAGCAUGAAGACAUUACUGACAUCUUGCUGGGAUUGUCCAAGGAUGAAACUGCUUCUUUUCGUCUUACCAGAAACCAUAUAAAGGCAAUUCUCAUGGACAUAUUUAUCGGUGGAAUAGACACUAGUUCUCUUACAAUUGUAUGGGCAAUGACCGAGCUUGCCAAGAACCCAAGAGUGAUGAAAAAAGUUCAAGCAGAAAUAAGGAGUUACAUUGGAAGAAAACCAAAAGUUCAUGAAACCCAACUUGACAAGCUCAAUUACUUAAAAAUGGUGGUGAAAGAGACUUUCAGGCUGCACCCACCGAUCACAUUUCUAAUUCCCCGUGAGUCGAUGCAACAUUGCAAGAUCGGAGGCUAUGACGUUUACCCCAAAACAAGAAUCCUAGUCAACGCCUGGGCAAUUGGAAGAGACCCAGAAAUAUGGAACAACCCAGAAGAGUUCUACCCAGAGAGGUUUGAGAAGAGUGAAAUUGAUUUCAAGGGUAAUAAUUUCGAGCUGUUGCCAUUUGGAGCAGGUCGGAGGAUUUGCCCCGGUUUGACAAUGGGUGCCACAACCGUGGAAUUUACUCUGGCAAAUCUUUUGCACUGUUUUGACUGGGAAAUGCCUUAUGGGAUGGAAAGGAAAGAUAUCAGCUUGGAAGAGGAGGCUGGCUUGAGUGUGUAUAAGAAGUUGUCUCUUGAUCUUGUCCCCAUCAAAUAUGAUUGGGAAGGAUUUGAAAGUUAGAGGAGGGCAUUGUUGUCUACUCAUGUUAAAAAUAAAAAUAAAAAUAAAGUAUCUAUUUGAAAUAAGAUGGUAGAGCUCUUGCCUGUCCCUAAUUGUAUGUUAAAAAGUAUGUAUAAGUCCUUGUGCAUGGGAAAAAAAAAAACCAAUAGGGGUAUCAUGCAAUGUAAUAAAUUAUUAAAUAAAUAAACUUUUAAAUAAAUUAUUAAAUAA